AUGCCUGGUAAGCCAAAUACUAAAAGAGUUAGAGAUGUGAGUGAAAAGAGUGGAAAGCAUAGAGUUUCUAAGAAGGGUAAGAAGAUAUCAUGUAGUUUGUGCAAAGUGGAAGGACAUAAUAAGAAGACAUGCCCAAAUGUUGAUAGGUCAAGACCAAACAAGUUACCAACUAGGGUUAACACGACUAAGGCACCAAAGGGUGAAAAUGUGAAGAAAAGGAAUGCAAAAGUCGCAACUGGUAGUAGGACAGGAAUGGAUGGUGGAUAUACACAUGGUAAUAGGGUUAAGAGGACUAAGACAACAAAGGGUGAAAAUGUGAAGAAAAAGACUGCAGAAGAGGCGAGUGGAAGUAGGAUAGGAAUGGAAUGUGAGGAUAGACAAGGUACUAGGGAAAGUGGGACUACACAAGUGACAAGGGAGAGGGGUAAUGUUGUAAUUCCCCGGUUUAAGAGGAUGAAAAAUAGUGAAAGGAUCAUCAAGAAAAAAUUGGCAACCCAAGUUAUAGGAAAGGAUGGAGAGGGUAGCACUUCAGAAAAACCAGUCAACUUAAUGUAG